CUCGGCUGCAUAUACAAACUACAUGCGGCUUUCAUUAGUAAAUAAAUGUAAUCUAAUGCAACAUGGAGGCAGAACAGAGCCAACCUAGACAAUUAUUUGCUCCAGUAAAAAAUAGUCCCAUGCAAUUUUCAAUCAUUCGUAAGAACUUGCUGGCCAUUGAAUGUAAAAGAGUUAUAAAACAUAUAAAGGAGCAAGGUGGUGAGUUCAUGGGUUUUGAUCCAGAAGACAGCAAAUAUAUAAAUUUAGCAAGUGACAAAUAUAAGCCUCCAUCAGAUCAAAUUGUGUUUGAGAUCAAAUAUGUAAAAAAGUGUAUAAAUGCAAACAGACUUUUGAAUUUGGAUGCUUUUCAAAUUAGCGGUAAAAAAUUAUCAGAUUCUGGAUGUAUGAGCUUGCAUGAAUUACUUGAAAUCGAAAAUUGUGAACAUUUGUAUACAGCAGAAAAAAUUUUAGAAAUGAUUGAAAAACUGUAAGACAAUGAAAAAAAGUAUAUCGGGCUUCUUUUCAACCAAGAGCUUGCGCUGAGAACGGAAAAAUUAUUGGAUCUAACAGUGACCCCAAAUUAUGCGUCGAUGAGUGUUACGUAAGUGACCUGUCGAUCCCUUUGUUUAUUUGGCUACUAUUCUGUUAAUGAAGAAAAAGAAAAUCUGUGAACAAAACUGAAAGCUAUUAUUUCCUAAUAAAUUUUUGUAAUAGCGUAUCGAACGAUUUUACGAUUGCCGUUAUUGCUUCUUCUUCCAGCAUUGUCAUAAUUAUAUAGAAGAGUGGAGAGGGGAUGCGAUUCGUGCGAUCGUAUCGAGAAAAACUCUGUUGUUUUUCAGAUCGCAGCCAGAUUAUUAUCUCAAGUUUUACAAUGGAUCAUGAUUGUGUUUUAUACUUUACUAGUUCAGGAAAUGAGCAAAUAGAUCGUUGAUAUUAUAGUAUUGAAUUUAUGCCGUUAUUGAUUACGAGCUUUCUCAAGCAACUAUGUCGAAAUUUAUUAUUUCCGUUAAAUAGGAAUAAUUUUCAAGGAUGUCAAUAUUUGGAUUAGCUUUUUGUGAUCUAAUCAAAACCUUUGCGAGUAAUAUAAAAAAAUCUAUUUAAUUUAUAUUAUGUGAACGGUUGAAUGAUAUUAAGAAAAUAACAAUUGCAUCGUUGCCAAUUACGUUUGUCGUUUGUUAUUGAAAUAAUAAUUACAAUUAAAGCGUAAGCUUUGUUGUGAAAUUAUUCAAUUAAUUUGUGUUAAUAGAAAAACAAUUUAUUAUGUAAUAUUAAUACCUACAAAGAGUGAAAAAUGAAGCAUGUAUUUUUUAUUAAAUAUAUUUCAAAUGAAGUUUGAGCGAUUGUAAUAAAAGCUA